AUGAAUCUUGUUGUUAGUGAAGAUGAAAGUAGUCUUGAAUAUGUAGGUGCAACUACAAAUAAAGGAGCCUCUACCGCUAAUGGAGCCCCUUCCACUGAAGGUCUUAAAGAUGAAGUCAUUGACCAUGACAAAAGACUCUUGAACAAGACCACUGUUGAUGAGUUUCUAAGUAAGAUAUGUCCUCCUGAAGGAGAAAAUGGUAACCAUGAAGUUGAAAAUGAAGAUGUAGAAACUCGUUCCAUUUUCAAUCCGGACUUGCAAUGGAAGAGGAAAGUACUUGUUCUUCAGAUGAAAUUUGAAAGUCCAAAGCAACUGAAAAAUAUGUUAUGUAAUUAUGUUGUGGCAAAUGGAUACCACCCAUUACCUUACUAUCAUUAUCCAUAUACUUUUGUAUUUGCAUCAUCAAUACAACAACAACAAACAUAA